AGAGAGCGUGUCGUGCCCUCAGGCUUCGUCACUCGGCCAUCCACUCUGCUGCAGCUGCUGCAUACCUGCGCCCCCCUCCUCCCCAUCAUGGCCGAAGAGCCCUCUUCCAUGCGCUCGUCCCAGGGGUCCUCAUCGUCACGCCGUGCGCCCAAGAACCCCCAGCAGCAACUCUCGCAGAUCGAGAAGUCCGUCACACAUCUGCUCGUCGCCACAAAGCAACUGCUCGAGACACUGACCCUAUGGUCGCGUGGGACGGCCACCGAGAGCGAGGUCUCCGACGUCUAUGUCCGUCUGGGCUAUGAGUUCAACAUCGCGUCGCGUGCCUUCAAUGCCAUUGGCGUUGACACAAACGACCUGGGAAAUGUCCCGGAACUGUUGCGCGGCAUACUGGAAGAGACCCUGAGCCAGGAAGCAUCCCAGGCCAGCCUCGACAACUUCCUACCUCGCAUACGAGACAUCAUAAUCAACCUCCUCCAUGGCCUGAAGAAGAAGCAGCAGCGGUUACGGCAGCGUACUGGAAGAGAUGGUUCACUUAACGGCGGCGGUAGUCCCCGACAGGCCAGCGUCGGUAGUUCCAGUGAAGUCGAGGACGCACAGCAAGCCCGUUCAGCAAGCCAAAGACUUCCCUCGAGGGGCGAAAGUCCGUCUUUUGGUGGCCCCGGCCUCCCCCCACGCUCGUCCUCAGUAGCAGGAGGCGGCCGAGCAUCGCCAAGCAAGUACGACUCACUGCCCUCGAAUCCGAAAUCGAACCGCUCUACGAAUGCAAGCCAGCUCUCUACAGACUCGUCCAUGUCGAGUAACUCUGCCCAGCAAGCGCCCGUCAUCGCUCCUUACCCCUCAGACGAUGCCAUGCCCAAGCCGCCAGAACAUGCCCCACAACCGCAACCCAACUAUCCCGUCGACUUCCCGCCACCUCCACCCCCACCACAACAAGAAGAUGCGCUGGCUGCAUUGCAAAGAGGGGGAGAGUUAGAGCGGAGGGCUUCGCGGAGAUUCUCAGCCUAUCAGAUCCAGAAGCAUCUCGGUACAAAUGGAAUACCACUUCCGCCCGUUCAGAACUCGCCCAUACCGAAUAGGGGUCGGGAUGUGCGCGAGUCUAUGAAUGCAGUCCGAACAAGGGCACCUACGCUGCACGGUCGGCAGCGAUCAAACCAACAACCUGCCCAACAGCGACCAGCAGUGGAAACCAAAUUUUCUUAUGAUCAGCACAACGACAGACGCAUCUCUGAGGAGAGUUCUCAAGGCAAGGCACCAACCCUGUCGCCACCCCAAGAGUCUGGGGCAGAAGACAGCCCCAUUCAGAAGACACCACAGGACAAGAUUGGUGCGCCAAAAUUCCCCGAAAAUGACCAACUCGCUCUAGGCGCCACUCUCAACGGGCCAUUGUCUGAACCAGCCGAAAUUGCGCCUGGCUCACCAGCCAAAGACGGGAGUCCUAGGCCAGCAGCGAGCCGCCACAGUUCUUACAGAACAAAGACACCAUCUCCGCAACCUUCACAUUUCAUUCCAGAGCAAUCGCCUCAACAAGGGAAAGAACUCACUGUUUUCCUUCAGUACAAGAGCAAGAUUAAGAAGUAUGUGUUUGCUGAUGGUUCCGAACUCUCUUCUGCUCGCCUGCAACUAGCUUUUAUCGAGAAGUUCGCUUGGGACACCCACCGCUACGGCGACCUACCCGAGAUUCAUAUUCAGGACCCAGUUUCCGGUGUACGAUACGAAUUGGAGGACAUACGCGACAUCAAGGACAGAGCGGUCCUUGUUCUGAAUGUAGAGCAGCUUGAUGAAGUAAAGAACCAUAUUGAUGACAAAUUUGGUGGUCUCAGCAAGUUGGUGGAGAGUAUAAAGACCGUUGUUGAGGAUCAGCAAGCGACUAUACAACGCGUUGCAGAACGCCAGCAGCAAACUAGUAAGGAGCUCGCUGGUAUAUCUGCAGCGCCACUUUCUUCCAAUCGCAACUCUGCUCUAUUGGCUUCACGCUCCAUUCCAAGUGGUGGACCUUCUGAAGGUACAGUUACGUCGGCCACCCAACUCAACGAAGUGCAGGCGCUACGUCGAGAUUUAGCCGUUGUUCGCCAGACAUAUUCAUCAUUUGUUUCGGAUAUACAAGCGAGCAUGGCGACAAUACGUACAAAGGCGGGUGCCGUCAAAUCUACUGCUAUCAAGGUUGCGUUGCCUUCACUUGACGGUGAUAGCGGUCGCGCCUACAUCAACAACGGAAAGAAGGCUUUACAGGACGACUCGGAGAAGAUUGUCAACAGGGUGGAUGAUCUCCAGGAUCUUGUGGAAGAUCUCAGAAAGGACGUCGUCAUGCGUGGAGUUCGGCCCCUACCUCGCCAACUUGAGACUACAGCCAAAGAUCUGUCAAUGGCCACUGCAGAGCUCAAGAAGUUGCAGGACGUUCUGGCUAAGGAGAAGCCACUAUGGACCAAGAUUUGGGAGCAAGAGCUGCAGACUGUCUGUGAGGAGCGAGACAUGCUUACUAUGCAAGAAGAACUCGCGGCCGAUUUGCAAGACGAUCUUGAGAAGGCGGCCCAGACGCUGGAGCUGGUUGAACAGGCGACGAAGCAGCAGAACCUUGAAAGCGAGAAGGAGAAUGGCAAGGGCAUGCGCUCUGCGAGCGGUCGCAGCAUGCUCAAUGCAGUUGCUGCGGACAAGGUCAUCGACCCCCGGCAAGCUCGUGAUGGCGUCCUGGGCGAGGUCAAGGCUCUGCAACCAAAUCACGAAGGCAGACUGGAAGCCAUCGAGCGAGCUGAAAAGGCGCGUCAACGCGAUCUCGCGACAAGAAACGACGACGAGUUUAAGCGCGAACUGGGCAAUUUUGUUGAAGAAGGAAAGCUGAAGAAGAGUGGUGGCGUGGAAGAAACAGAGCGUCUGCGCAAAGCAAAGGACGAGCGAGCCCGCAAGGAGAACUUUGAGCGCGAGGCUGCACGCCAAAGAGCAAAGGCAGAGAAGCAGGCGAGGGAAGCUGAGGCCGCUGCAGCUGCUGCCGCUGCCGCUGCUGCCGCCCCCCCUGAGGGAGAUGGCGCUGAAGGACAGAACGGACAGGCUGAAGCUGAUGCUGCACCAGAGAACCCAGAGGAAGCUAAGAGAGAUGAAGGUGGUCCCGCCUAGGCAAUGGCUACUUUCCAUCUUCAUUCUUAGCCCUACCUUUUCAGGUAUCUUACACAAAGAGCUGAUAUCUCUGGGUUUCUAGAUCUGCCACAAAGCCGCUCUUCAACCUGGCCUUGCAUGCAACCCUAUUACGUUCCGCUAUCCAUGCAGAUGAGAUAUACAGAGACUACGGCUUCAGAUCUUCUU